AUGUUUGUACAGUGUCUGUCCGCAUUAUCAUGCGUUGUUCUCAGCGUGUUUCCCUUUGUUUUCUUUAUCUUGAACAUGUUUAUUUUUCCUUUUCAACGUUUGAGACCUGUGAGAGCCGCAAAUGGUUGGAGGGGCAUGUUUGUGUGUAUUUACACUUUUGGUUGUCUUGUUUAUGCUUACCGAGAGGUUUAUGAGUCCUUCUGUAAGUUGAUGAUUGGUGUUUCUGCUUUUCCCCAUAAUAUCGUUUGCAGUGGAUUCUUUAAUCAAAACUGA